AGAAGAAAAAGAAGAAGAAGAGGAGGAGGAGGAGGAGGAGGAGGAGGAGGGAGACAGACAAAGUGGAUCAGAUCAACAGCAGCACACUGAAUGCUGGAAAUGCCCGUCAGGUCUGAGUCCGUCACUUCCUCAACCAAUCAGAGCCUUCGUUAACAGCGGCGUCGGCACUUGAUUGGGAGAAGGAUGGCAACCAUGCCGUUUGUCAGCGAAGGGAAGUGUGUGAGUGUGGAGUGGGAUUUCCUACAAGGACUACUGGCCAAGCCUCCCACCCUUCCCUGUCUCCAGAACUUGCGUAAAGAGAAGUCUCGCAAUGCGGCUCGUUCGCGGCGGGGGAAGGAGAAUUUUGAGUUCUUCGAGCUGGCUAAGAUGCUGCCUCUGCCCGGGGCGAUCACCAGCCAGCUGGACAAGGCCUCGGUCAUCCGGCUGACCAUCACCUACCUGCACAUGCGCACCUUUGCCAACCAGGGAGACCCGCCCUGGAUCUCUCGGAUGGACGGAGACAUAAACUGCAGCAAAGUACGACGAUCAUCUCAUUCUCUGGCUACUGACAUGUUUGAGCUGCACCUCGGGGCGCACCUCCUGCAGUCCCUGGAUGGCUUUGUGUUCGCGGUCAGUCAGGAGGGACGUUUCCUCUACAUCUCAGAGACCGUUUCUAUCUACCUGGGACUCUCACAGGUGGAGCUGACCGGCAGCAGUGUGUUCGACUACAUCCAUCCGGCAGACCACGUGGAGAUGGCUGAGCGUCUGGGAAUCAAACCGCAUCUGAGGGCCGAAGCCGGCUGCCACACGGGCCCCGAGAGCGCUUCCAGCUCCGCAUCCACCUCCUCCCUGGCUGGUACCCCUGAACCCGCUCCGUCUAGUCCUCAUUCCCCUGCUGACGAACCUCCUGACCGCGGCUUCUUCAUCCGCAUGAAGUCCACGCUCACUAAAAGAGGCCUGCACGUCAAGAGUUCUGGAUACAAGGUAAUCCACGUGACAGGACGAAUCCGUUACCGCCCUGCACUCGUGUCGAGCUCUGGGCGCACAGUGCGUCGACCGUUGGGUUUGGUUGCACUGGCACACACACUCCCCCCCUCCUCGCUUAAUGAAGUCCGCAUGGAGAGCCAAAUGUUUGUCUUCCGAGUGAACAUGGACCUUCAGGUCACAUAUUGUGAGAACAGGAUCUCAGAGUAUAUGGAUCUGACCCCAGCAGAGGUGGUGGGACACACCUGUUAUCACUUCAUCCAUGUAGAAGACCUGGAAAGCCUCCGGCAGAGCCAUGAAGACUUGCUGAGGAAAGGCCAGGUGGUGACCAAUUAUUACCGUUGGCUCCAGAGGAGAGGAGGAUACCUGUGGAUCCAGUCCAGUGCCACCAUCUCCAUCAACCACAAAGCCCCGCAUGAACGCAACGUCAUCUGGGUCAACUACAUCAUAAGUCGAACAGAGUUUACAGACACUCCCCUGGAUAUUCUGCAGCUACCAGAGAACGUACGAGCAGAGCGGCUUCGAGUUAGCUCGUCCCCCACCGACAGCUCUCCGCAGGCCCGAGGCCCGCAGCCAGCGAAGAACUCAGUGGGGAAGAGUGACCCCGACACUAAAGGCAGAGAGAAAUUCACCGCAGCUGCCAUCCAAUCAGAGGACAGGAGGAAGCGCCUGCUGAGGUCCGAGCCCGAGGGUCCUCCUCCCGAAACCCGCCGCAGAAUGGAGGAGCUCCGUCACGCGGAGGAGAGCGUAUCGGCCUCAUCUGACAUGGCCAGCGAAAGUGAGGGGGAUGAGGAGGAAGAGACAGAGACAGAGUGGGACCACAAUGACAGAUUGAAACAGGAAGAUGGUGGAGGAGGUAAACAGAGUAGGGGGGGAGACGCCCCCUCUAGGGGGGACAGGGGGAGCAGGGUGCACAACGGCCGGGCUGUGAUCCAGCAGCUGAAGAGCGUAGUGACCCCGUCUCCCCUGCCCGGCAACCCCGGCAUCAAGACUGAACACGAAGCCCUGACCACCGGGGGGCGCUGGGGGUCCCACACACACACCACCCAACAGCAGCCCUCACAUGCACACACACCCUCCAGCAGCCUCAACGGUGACAGCCCCACCACCCCGAUCCCCGACUCUUCUUCCAGCAGCGAUGCCCCCCCAAAAGGGUUGUUCACACCCCCGUCCCCGGCACUGUCCCCCGUCAUGUCCGUGUCCUCCCCGCUGCCCCGCGAGGACAGGAUUUUGUCGGGGGUGCUCAGUCGCAGCAGUGGGGGUGCAGGUUGCGCUCCUGACUUUGAGCUGCUCCAGAGACUGGCUGCAGGGGGCGCAGCGGGGAGGGUCCUCUUCCACCCCCUCGCCCUCAGCCCGCAGGGCCCUCAGAGCCUCUACGCCCCCAGCACUAUCCGCUACGCUCCACCUGAGCUGCCCCCCUCCCACCACCACCACCACGGCGGUGGAAUCAGCGAUGGCCUGCAGCUACGCUCGGACCACCACAAGGGACCCCCGACAGCCUUCUUCCCCCACCUACAGCGGUUGGCUGGCCUGCCACCCUUCAGUGGUUUCUCCCCGUCUGACAACCCCUUCUCCUCCGGCCUGCCCUUCUGUAUGAAUGGACUGAGGGGGGCCGCGGGCUCCGAGGAGGACUGAGACUUAGAAGGGAGGAGGUGAGAGGGGAAGAUGAAAAUGAAGGAUGGAGCAAAGUGACAGACCAGAAAGAGAGACAUUGAAAAGGGCAGGAGAGACAGAAGUGGCAGGACAUUAAGCCUCAUUAAGCCUCUAAGGACCUUACUAAUUGGACAAUGAGUUGAAUAACUGCGAUAUAAAAUAUGUGACAAGUCGUUGCCAUAGGGAAUUAUUGUGUCCUCGCAUUUUGGACAAGUGACAGUGACUCAGAGAAAACACGACAUGGAAACUUUUGACUGGUUGUCCCUCAAGACUGUCCGUCUCUACAACAAUAAUGAACUCUGCUCUGUGUCUUUCUCUAGAUGACUCUGUUAAUUUCUGUGUCUCUUCCACUCAGAGAAGCCAUAUUGUACAUAGAGACAAAACCAUAAAGACCCUCAGCUCACAUCCUCAUCACUGUCCCUACAAUUAACACAAUUAACCCUAAAGCCAGUAGAAAGAGAUGGACUGUACGAAUGAAAGUAACUUUGGAAUAUACAUUUUUAUUAUUGCAGUAUUAUACAAAUCAUCUGUUAUGCUGAGAUACAGGUGAGAGUUUGAUUAUUGGGUUUCUUUUAAAAUAGACAAAGAAAGCCCUCUGGUGUUUUUGUAUUGAGAUUCAAAAUGAUAAGGAUAAAAAAAAUCUCAAGUAUUCAUCAUUCAGCCAUACUUAAAGCACACUGUUGGGAUAAAUAUGAAUAAAGUAGUCCCAGACAUUCCAUCAUAUAUAAGGGAAGAAAAUGCAAUGCAGACAGGACGUUAUUUCUGUUGUUUGUUUAUAGGCCAUUUGUUAACUGAGUAUUCAUUAUAGUAUAUUAUGUAUGAUGAUGCGGUUGUGUUUGAAGCCAUAUUCUUGUUUUCAUUUUUUUUUUUAAGUUUAUUGAUUUUUGUUUGUUUGGAAGGAUCGUGUGAAAAUGGUGUCUUGACAGACAAAAUAACAUAGUUUUAUUGGAUGUACAAUGUCAUCCAAAUACCUUUUGUAUUAUUCUCUAAAAAAUAUAUUUCUGAAAAUGUUUUUAGGAGGGAAAAUGGUGCUGGACACAAGUGUUUAUUAUCAUUUAAACCUCUGUUUUUUAUAAGCACUUACUGAAAUUUGUUCUGGUGUGAACUCAAAGCACUUCAUCACUUAACACUCCCUGUGUGGUCCUGUUAAAACAGACAACAAUGCAAGAGUGGUCACUAAUAUCAUAGCCCGACUGCACUCUAGUAGAGGUAGAGAAGAUAAUGGUCAUUUGAAAGAGGCAGAAAGAUAAACAGACCUGUGGUCAUUAAAAGACGACCGUUAAAGGUCGAUAAAAAUAACCUGAAUUAUUCCGAUGUUGGUUUUAUUUUAAUUCAGUCAACUUGAAGUCAAGUUUUAAAUUAAAAAGUGGAAAUAUAAAACACUUUAAAUUUCAGAUGACACUUAUUGACUGGAAUUCUCAGGACUGAAAAUCCCAAACAAAUCGAAAACAGUUUUUGUAUGAAAAAUGUCCUUUUUUAUUUUCUUUAAUGUUUUGAAAUGAAGUUACACACAGUUUGGGGUUGCCUAAAGAAUACUUAAAAAAACGAGAAUCUUUAUUCCACAAUGUAAUAUUUAAAAUCUGAAAAUGUUAGUCUUUUCAAAAAAUGCUGGUUAUAAUACAGCCAAUUGCAUUAUUGAAAAAAAAAUGACAAUAAUACAAGCAAAGCUAAACAUACAGGAAAUAUCAGAUUGCUCUCUAGCACUUUGGAAUGAAGUCAUUUGAACGGAUCUACCAUGUAAUGAAAAUGCACCUAAACUUCAAUCAUUGUUGAAAACCAAGUCUUCAAAAUGAUGCCAUAUGUAUUUUGUUUUUCUUCCAAAAUUGAGAUUACGGUCGACUGUCUGAUCUGAGGGCUCAGUUUAUGUGGAAAUUAUGAUCUGAUGUCUGACAAAAAAGAGAAGUGCACUACACACCCAUACUGUAGCUGUCACACGUAAAUAUGUGUGAGCGCACACAUUCUCGGGUGUUUAAUGAUAUAUUGUGUGUGUAUGACUGCGUGCGUGUGUGUUUGCUUGUACAAGUGUGUUUGGUUUUCUUUUGUCUUUCUUUGCUGAGAUAAAUAGCUAACCCCUUGCCCAUCACUGUGAAUCUAACAUUAUUCCCCAUCUUUGUGAAUACUCCACCCACUCAUCAAAUAAAAUGAACAAAUGUAAAAAGAAAAACAGUGAUACAGAUGACGAUAACAAUAAAAUAUUCCAGUAGCGGAGCACAACUCAA